GCUGGAGUGUCACCUGCAGUGUGGAAACGAGGGCCCUGCCAUGGCACUGCUCCCCUCAGUGUUCACCAGGGCACAGUGAACAACACGGUCCUUCUGGCUCCUUUCCCAGCUCCAGCCUGGGACCGCCCCAUCCUUCCCCACUACCAACGGUCACUGAGCAACCGCGUCUGGGAACAGGAGAAGGGGACACGAGAGGGUUGAGUGCGUCUCGAAGCCAUGUGGCUCCUGAGGCACCUCACUGCCCAGGCUGUCCCUGAGCCCUACGACAACUUCAUGCACGACCACCUGUGCUACUACGGCUACUUCAAAGGUGAGCUGCGUGUCACCUUCUUGUACCCCGGGCUGUGGGACCCCCUGGUUGGGCUCCAGCAGCGCUCCCCCAAAGGCCAGAAGACAGCCAGCCAGCAGAGCUCUGUGUCUCCAUGGGGACACACCGAAUGCCACUGUGCUGACUCUGGUACCCAGCAGAGUGUAGGGAAGGACCCGAACUCCCGUGCUGUCUGUUCUCUGCUGGAACUGCACCAGGGGGCUGGGAGCCCCCCAGACCAUUCUGCAGCCCCCAGGGCCCCGCAGUUGAUCCCAUUGCAGGGCUAUGGGUCACUCAGGGAGCCACGGGCUCUCUUUGCCCUUCCCUCGGCACGAGGACCCCUUCCUGCUCCCCGGUGGCCCAUUGAGUGCGAGGUCAUCAAGGAGACCAUCAAGCACAUCGAAUGGAUCCCCCCUGAACCAGAACCCUUCUGCCAGCCCAUGGACCACCACUGGCUGCCAAGGGCUGAGCAGCAGGGCACUGUUGUCUACCAGCUCAGCCCAGUGCCCUCAGGCUCCUGCUUCACCCGCGCUCGGGCUGGGGGGGCCCCAGGCCCCCUUUCCUCACCAGCCGCCACCCUGGAGGACUCCCAGGACAACACGCUGCUGUUUGAGUCGCGCUUCGAGUGUGGCAACCUCCAGAAAGCAGUCAAGGUGGGCCCCUAUGAGUAUGUGCUGACACUGCGGCCAGACCUGUACACCGCCAAGCACACCCAGUGGUUCUACUUCCGUGUGCAAAACACACGGAAAGACACCGUCUACUGUUUCACCAUUGUCAACCUGGCGAAGCCCAAGAGCCUCUAUAGCAAGGGCAUGUGCCCACUGUUCUACUCACAGAAGGAUGCCCAGAGCCAUGGCAUCGGCUGGCGCCGCGUGGGCACCAACAUCCGCUACUACCGAGGGAACAGCGGGGAGGAGCCGGCUCCCUUCUGCCUGUCCUGGAGCACCUGCUUUCCCCAUGACAGUGACAUGUGCUACUUUGCCCACUCGUACCCCUACACCUACUCGGACCUGCAGCGGUACCUGCGGACAGUGAUGGGUGAUCCAGCACGCUCACAGUACUGUGUGGUGCGGGCACUGUGCCGCAGCCUGGCCGGUAACAUCGUCUACCUGCUCACCAUCACCGCGCCGUCUGGUGGUGCAGCCAAGCGGGCGGUGGUGCUGAGCGCCCGUGUGCACCCUGGGGAAAGCGGUGGCUCCUGGGCCAUGCAGGGUUUCCUCGAUUUCAUCCUCAGCGCUGCUCCUGACGCUCAUCUCCUGCGCCAGCUCUUUGUCUUCAAGGUGGUGCCCAUGCUCAACCCUGAUGGGGUGGUGGUGGGCAAUUCCCGCUGCUCUCUGGCUGGCCGUGACCCCAAUCGAGCCUACGGGACUGGAUCUCGGGGCUCCUUUCCGGCCAUCUGGCACCUGCGAGCCAUGGUGGAGAGGCUCUUGGUGGAGCAGGAGGUGGUGCUGUAUUGUGAUUUCCACGGGCACAGCCGCAAGAACAACGUCUUCAUGUACGGCUGCGAUGGUGGUCGGGACGGCUCUGAGACACGGUUGCAGGAGCGCAUCUUCCCGCUGAUGCUAAGUAAAAACGCGCCUGACAAGUUCUCCUUCUCCAGCUGCAAGUUCAAGGUGCAGAAGAGCAAGGAGGGGACGGGCAGGGUGGUCAUGUGGCGAAUGGGCAUUGCCAACAGCUACACCUUAGAGGCGGCCUUUGGUGGCUCCACGCUGGGUGGGAGGAACUCACACUUCACAGUGGAGGACCUCAAAUCGUUGGGCUACCACCUCUGCGACACACUGCUAGACUUCUGUGACCCCAAUCCAGCCAAGUUCCAGCAGUGCCUGGCAGAGGUGGAUGCAUUGCUGCGGCCGCGGCUGGGCUCCGGUCAGAGCUGGAGUGACAUCGCCGCCUCACAGCUGGAGUCCAGCACCAGUGGCUCCGAUAGCUCCGUGUCUGAUGGGUCCCUAGAGAGGAGGGAGAGCCCCUGCAGACAGAAGGGACAAGGUGCCAGGGUGGCACUUGGCCGGUUGCAGCUGAGGAGGAGAAAGCGGUUACGGAGCCACAGAGUGAGGAAUGCCAUGUACAGGCCCAAUGGCACCCAAAGUAGUCAUGGUGGUGACCCGGUGAGAGUGGCUCAGUGUGGUUCUGCCUGCCACAGUGGGACUCAGAGUGCCUGCAGCCCCUCUUCUGUGCUCCAGCAGACACAUUCGUGCUCCCCCGUGCCCCUAUCUGUCCCUGUCCCCACACGAAGAGGCUGUGGGGCAGCGGAGGAGUUGCACAGAGCUGUCCCCGCUGCACACACAGCAGUAUGCCACCACCACAUCGCUGUGAGAGCCACACGGAUGGAGGGGUAUGUGACAACCACAGGGCACCGCUGGGCACCACGGAGUGCCAUCGCUGCCACCACCACCGCCGCCAUCACCACCACGGCCACCAGCACAGGUGCUGCUUCUUCACGGGCAGGCCGAGUGAGACCUUCCUCACGGGGCACCACAGCGGCGCUGUCCCCGAGCGUGGCCACUGCUGCUGGCUGUGGGAGGUGGCCCGGCCUCACAGCGGCACGCUGCUCCGCCUGCACUCGGCAUUAAAGGCAGCUUUGUUG